AUGGCGACGCGCGCGUGGCCCAUCGCGGGAAAGCGCGCCAUUCGUUCGACGCGCGCCGCGGGUGCGUCCUCUUCGCGCGCGCGCGCGCGUUCGCGCCCGGCGGUGGCGCGACGCGACGUCCGGCGACGCGCCUGGGGCACGCGCACGCGACGCGGUGAGCGGCGAGAGCGCCCGGGGCUGGACGAGGGGUACUACGAGAACCUGGCGUAUCGGGAGGAGUCGCGCGGGCGAGAGGGGUCGGCGGACGACGGCGACGCGUGUCCGUUGGAUCUGCACGCGUCGCGAGCGAGCGAUUUCGAGGCGAUCAUGUUAGUCGUCGGGACGACGGUGGGUGGCGGAUUCCUGGCGAUGCCGUACUUUGCGGCGCCGGCGGGGUUCGUCCCGGCGGCGUUGGUGAGCGCGGGGGCGUGGGCGGUUCUCGCGGCGAGCGGGUUGCUCGUCGCGGAGACGCUGGUGCACACGUGGGCGCGGUCGAGUGGAAGAGCGGUGAGUUUGCUCAGCGCGACGAACGAUUAUCUCGGACAGAAGUGGGGGGCGAUGGCGGCGGUCUCGUUUUUCGUCUUGAUGAACUGCACCUUGGUGAGUCAGCUCGCAAAGUGCGGACAGUUGGCGAGUGUGUUCAGCAACGGCGCGGUGUCGCACGUCGCCGGUGCGGCGAUGACGGCGGGUUUGAUCGGAUUCGCCGCCUUCUCGAAAUCUGCGGCGAAGAUUAACGCGGUGGCGACGGUUGGGAUUUUUGCGUCGUUCGCCGUCAUCUGCGCCACGGGGAGCACGACGCUGGCGCUGAACAAACUGGCGUUCAUGAAUUUCGCCGCGACCUUACCCGCGCUUCCAGGAUUGUUCCAACUCUUCACCUACGGUGAGUGUCUGCCGACUUUGGUGGACAUGCUCAGAGGAGAUCGCGAGCGCAUAAGGAAAGUCAUCUUGCUCGGGACGUCGGUGCCCUUGUUCAUGUACGUGGCGUGGAUGAUCGUCGCGCUCGCGCAGACCGGGGCGUGGGAAGGAAGCAACGAUUUGGCGCAGACGAUGUUAGAGAGCGGAGGUCUUCUAGGCAACGCAACAGCUGCCGUGGCAAUUACGGCGUCCGUGUCGACGCUCAUAGGUGGGUACCUCGCGCUGAGCAGAUUUUGCGCAGACGCUUUGAAGAAGAAAACCGUCUCCGGCUCCAAGUCCGUGAUCGCGCUCACCUUGAUCCCGUCGCUGCUCUUCGCAUUCAAGGGACCCGAGGUGUACUUUUCCGCAAUCCACUUUUCGGGCGCCGUGGUCGUGGUCAUUCUCUGGGGCAUACUCCCGCCGCUCUUAUCCAAGUCCUUGUGGAUGCGCGAGGGAAAAUUCCACGGUCAAAGAAAGAUCCUCGUAAACGUGUGGACGAGCAUCGCGAGCGUCGCUUUGUUCUUCGGCGUCAAAUCAGUGGUGGCGAUGUGA